AAAAAUAUUCAUGCCAACUGCAAAAUCUUGGAUGCUUACUUGCAAGAAGCCAUGUCAAAAGAUCUGGAAUCACUACCAAAUAUUCUACAAAAGAAGUAUGCAUUGAUCCGUGAUCUGGACAAAAGUUUGCAAGAAAUUGUGAGACAAAAUGAACAACAUUGUGAACAAGAAAUAGAAGAUAUCAAGAAUGGUGUCAGGGCUGGAAAUAUUACACCAGAUACUUCACUUAUUAGAUUCUCAGAUGAAGCACUAGAUGAGCAAAAGCAUAGCAUCAGGAUUGCAGAUGAAAAAGUAGCCUUGGCUGUUCAAGCUUAUGAUUUGGUAGAUACACACAUACAACAGCUUGAUCAAUAUUUGAAAAGAUUUGAUGAAGAGCUCCGGCGUGAAAGAGAGAAUGCUGCUGCUGUUUUGCCUGCUACAAGUCUUGAUGGCAGUGCGAAAUCUGGAAGAAGUAGUGAAGGUGGAAGAGGGGGGCGUAAAAAAACACGGCUGGCAACAGCAACAGCAGCAGCGGCAGCAGCAACAGAAGUAGCAGCAGCAGCAGCUGCUGCUAAUCCAACUGGCAUGGAGCUAGAUUUACCAGUGGAUCCAAAUGAGCCCACAUACUGUUUCUGCAACCAAGUCAGCUUUGGUGAGAUGGUAGAUACACACAUACAACAGCUUGAUCAACAUUUGAAAAGAUUUGAUGAAGAGCUCCGGCGUGAAAGAGAGAAUGCUGUUGGUGCUGUUUUGCCUGCUACAAGUCUUGAUGGCAGUGCGAAAUCUGGAAGAAGUAGUGAAGGUGGAAGAGGAGGGCGUAAAAAAACACGGCUGGCAACAGCAAUGGCAGCAGCGGCAGCAGCAACAGAAGUAGCAACAGCUGUUGUUGGUGCUAAUUCAACUGGCAUGGAGCUAGAUUUACCAGUGGAUCCAAAUGAGCCCACAUACUGUUUCUGCAACCAAGUCAGCUUUGGUGAGAUGGUGGCAUGUGAUAACCCUGAUUGCAAGAUAGAAUGGUUUCAUUUUGGAUGUGUUGGUCUUAAAGAACAACUAAAAGGAAAAUGGUAUUGUUCAGACUGUGCUGCUGCAAAAAAUCGCCGAAAAAGCAGAUGAUGAUGAAUUUUUAUUUAUACAACCUUGAUGUCGAAGUUUAUAUUUUGCAAUGACUGGUAUGUUGUCAACUUUUAUCAUAUCGUUGUGUGUUAUUUCAUGUUUCAGGAACUUCUAUGGGUGUAUUUAAGAUGUGUUAGUAUUUCAAUGGUAUACUUGUAUGACUUAUUUAAAAGAAUUUUGCAGGAAGAUUAGGAUACUCCUUCAGUAAAUAAAAUUAUGUUUCUUCC